UUAUGCAUGAGCAUCUAUACAAACUUUUAAGUAUACAAGGCAGGCCUUAUACUUAAAGAUAGAAGCUCUAAACUCCGAACACGGCUUAUAAGCAGACAAUCGUCAUUGAACAAUCACCCCAUGGCCAUACGACGACAAUAACUUCAGUUCUCAGUCGUCGUACCAACAUUAAGUGUUUACGGUAUUCAGUAACAUCGUAUGCUUCACAAGCGAAAGUCAUCAAACACUUCGAAAUUAAAAAUGCUUGUAUCUAACAAGAAUGAAUCCGAAAAAGUUAACUAUAAGGGGACGACAAGGUGUUUUCGGGGACGAAUUGUUGGUAUCGCGAUAGCUGUGGUCGUGCUGUUCGUGUUAGGCUUUGUAAUCGGAUGGGUUUCGGCGCCAACAGAUUCUGCUGACUCGCCAAGAAAAAGAAUGAACAUGAAAGAUGUCGCGAAAAAACGCAAGGAACAGAUGAAACAAAAAGAUGGUUUUCAUGAAAAACUGUUUGAAUUCCUUAACGCGGAGAAAAUAGGCGAGAAUUUGAGAUACUUCUCAGAGAGACCUCACGUUGGAGGAACAUCACGUUCCAAGGAAUUAGCAAACGAGAUCGACAGAAGAUGGAGGGAAUACGGCUUUGACAAAGUGGAACAACCAGAAUAUGAUAUUCUUUUACCUUACGUUCAACCAAACAUAUCAAAUUCCGUACAGAUUUUGAAUUCCAACGGCGAGUUGACUUUUGAGUUCUCUGGAAAAGAGAAGUUGGCAGACCCGAGCGAAGACGAUCCAACGAUGAUCGCACCAUUACUGGGUUUCUCUAAACAAGGCUCAGCCGAAGGGAAGCUCCUGUAUGUGAAUUAUGGAAGAACUGAGGAUUUUCAAGCAUUGAAAAGCAACUUCAGUAUUACCGACUGCAACGGCUACAUUGUGAUCAUGCGAUAUGGAAAAAUACAUCGCGGGGACAAGGUAAAACAUGCCCAAGACUGUGGGGCAGUCGGCGCCAUUUUGUACAACGACCCUGCUGAUUAUGCACCUGAAGGUGAAGAUAAGGUUUACCCAAACUACAUUUGGCUUCCAAAGACUGGUGUACAGCGCGGUAGCAUAUUUACAGGUCGUGGAGAUCCGUUGACACCUGGACUACCGUCUGUUGAAGGAGUAUUCCGAAUACCCGAAGAAAAAGCUGGACUGCCAAAGAUCCCGGCUACACCGAUGCCUUACGGGGAUGCUAUUAAAGUGUUGGAGAUCAUGGAAGGUGACGACGCUCCAAAAGAUUGGCAAGGUGGGUUAAAGAUUACCUACAAACUCGGAAACGGUGGCCUAAGGAACAACACUGUCAGAAUACAAGUAAACGUACCCAACAAACGGCAAAACGUUUUUAAUGUUAUCGGUACCAUAUAUGGCAAGGAAGAGCCUGAUCGUUGGGUACUGUUGGGGAAUCAUAGGGACGCAUGGGGGUUUGGCGCGGUCGAUGCCUCCAGUGGUACGUCAGCUAUGAUGGAGAUAUCACGUGGUGUAAGCGAGCUUCUGAAACAAGGUUGGCGUCCAAGACGCACCAUCAAAUUCUGCAGCUGGGGAGCAGAGGAAUCAGGUUUGAUAGGAUCAACGGAAUGGGUGGAAGAAAAUGAACGAGCCUUGUCAACAAAAGCAAUAACUUACAUAAAUGUCGAUAUCGCAGUUUUUGGUAAUUUAACCCUUGGAUUGGCUGGCUCCCCCCUGCUAAAGACCGUAAUUACUAAAAAUGUUAAGAACGUUGACGAUCCACAUGGGCAAAAGGUAUACGAUCAAAUGGCAAAAGCGAAGGGAAAGUUCACAUACCUAAAUUUGGGUUCCGGUUCGGAUUAUGCCAGUUUUUAUCAGUUUUGCGGAGUUCCAUCCGUGGACAUGUAUUAUGCUGGUAAAGAAUUGUAUCCUGUUUACCACACAGUCCACGACACGUACAAAUGGCUUCAAGGUUUGAUCGAUCCCUACUUCAAAUUCCACUUAACCACAGCUAGAGUUGCUUUGAGACUUCUUAUGGAUAUGGCCGACAGUUUUGUGUUACCGCUCGAUGUCACAGAAUAUGGCAAAUCUCUGGACAAAUCUUUGGAAACGCUCAGGAACGAUCAUGGGGAAGAGCUUGAAAAAAAACAAAGUCUCCUUGAGUUAUAUUGAAAAGGCAAUUAAAAAAUUCAACGAAGAAACGAGAAAAUUCCAAGUGGAAAAAAACAAAGCUCUUGAUGGAAAAGAUGACGUAAAAGUACGAGACCUCAAUGACCGUAUGGUCAACGUUGAGAAAUCCUUCAUGACCGCUCCUGGCUUACCUAACCGACCAAUUACACGACACGUUUUAUUCGCGCCUUCCGUCAACAAUGCUUACGGUAGCACCAGUUUUCCGGGAAUUUCUGACCUGAUGGUGAACAGGAAUAAAACAGCACAGGAUUGGUUGGUUAUCAAGCAACAGAUGUCCGUUGUGUUCAAGGCGAUUUCAAGCGCAACGGAUAACCUCAAACCUGAUGCAAACUGAAAAGCCUAGCUGUUUCCUUGAUGUACAUUAUAACUUUGCACUAUAUAUAUAGACUUAAUUUCCUCUGCUUAUUUUGACCAACGACGCAUGUAGACUGUAGACAGGCUGCACCCUUUCUCUAUUUACUGUAAUAAUUAUUGCAUAUUCCAUUCUUUUUUCAAAUAUUGUCACAGAUUUUUACCACACGAUUGCACGCCAGUUUACGAGGAAACUUCAUGUUAACGGAUCAGACACAGCCUAAAGCUUAUAAUAAAUUCACAUUCCUGUCUUUUUUUGUUUUGGUUUCAGUGAUAAAGGCAAAUAUAUUUAGCCUACAUUUCGUUCUCCCGCGCAUGCAUGCAUGCACAUGACUAUCUUUGCUUCCUUAUGGCUGGUUCACAUAUUUUAUGUAUACGCAUGCGAGUCACGAAUAUGCUAAUGUAUAAAAUUAAGAGAAACAUUUGAACAUCUAACUUAUUACAUUAUCCAUUCUCGAAGAAAUCCUUCUCGCCCACUAGCGGAAAUUU